AUGUCUCAGCUGGCUCACAGGCCUGAUAAAGCCCCCUCAGGGUGCCAGAUAGAGCCUCCGUGCUGCAUGUUUGGCACCCCUGGUUUCAGAAGGCCGGCUCAGUCAGGGAUCCUCACCGACCGCGAGGUGGUCAGCCUCUUCCUCCACUUCACCGUCAACCCCAAGCCGCGGGUGGAGUUCAUCGACAGGCCGCGCUGCUGCUUGAGGGGAAAGGAGUGCAGCAUCAGCCGCUUCCAGCAGGUGGAGAGCCGCUGGGGGUACAGCGGGACCAGCGACCGCAUCAGGUUUUCUGUGAACAAGAGGAUAUUUAUAGUUGGGUUUGGGCUCUAUGGAUCAAUACACGGCCCGACAGAUUAUCAAGUAAACAUACAGAUCAUCCACACCGACAGCAACACGAUAUUGGGCCAGAACGACACCGGCUUCAGCUGUGACGGGUCCUCCAACACGUUCCGGGUCAUGUUUAAGGAGCCAGUGGAAAUCCUGCCCACUGUCAGCUACACGGCCUGCGCGACUCUGAAGGGCCCAGAUUCCCACUACGGAACGAAAGGCCUGCGCAAAGUGAUCCACGAGUCACCGACGACCGGCGUCAAGACCUGCUUCACCUUUUGUUACGCCGCUGGGAACAACAACGGCACCUCGGUGGAGGACGGACAGAUCCCGGAGAUCAUCUUCUAUACAUAGUGCUGCUGCCGGCAGAGUCAAGCGAUGGACCAGGCGCUGCUCUUCCGCUGCUGCCCUUCCCAUGUCUUUCCAAGCUAAAAAAAAACCCCCCAACAACACUAAACCACCAGCUCACGUUCCACGCUGCUAACUGGAAGUACGCUCGCCUGAGAUAGUGACUUCGUGGAUGGCCGUGGCUAGGCAUGCCACAUAUUUGGGGGGGGGGGAGGGAGGGGGGAAUGGCCUUGCUCACCAGGGACAUGUUGACUGCUCCUUCCUGCCAGGUCAGCAGAGGCUAGCAGCUCCCCGUUUUUCCUGGUAAUCUAACUUGACGAAUUCUUUCACUGUAAUGAAUGUAGCAGCUUUCACAUCCGGUCAUGCUUGUGAUGGCGGCACAGUUGUUUUUAGCAAAUCUAUCCCACCAGGUGGGGUGGCGACAGCAGGCGAAAGGGUUCGGAGCGUGGCCUGAUGGGGUUUCCCACAAUGCACCUGCGGGCAGCAGGGUCGGAGCAGGUCACUUCCCCCUGGAAACGUUCCACCCGCUACCUCGUGUGGAAAAGGAAUUCCCUGAGCGACAGAAGCUGCGUUUCAAGACAAUCCUAGACACGGAAAUGAUGGUACAAAACUGUCUCGCUCGUCUGGAUUUAGCGGAAGGCAAAGCUGGUAAAUUAGCUUCGACAACUUUUGCUGCCUCGAUUGUCCCCCCCCCCCCCCCCCCCCACGAGGAACAGGUUUGCUGAACGUGCAGAUGGGAAGCAAAGUCCCUCCUAAGAAGCCUGGGUCAAAAAGCGAUCCGCAAACCGGCUACCAUCAACCGCUUCCACAUUGUGGCAAAAAGCGCCUGAAUGUUUCUGCUGUUAAUCCAGUGCAACUUAACAAUGCAUUCUACUCUCCC